AACAAUAAUCCCUGUCCUCUCUUCGCUAUACAAGCAAUCGACGCUCGACAGAAAACACCAAUCUACGUAGCAUGUGGUGAGCAGGAUUCUGGCGGUGCUGGCCCUAGCAUGGGGCCUCGUUCUAUCCCAAUAUACUGGAGGAACGAUGGUUCUGCUUUCGGUCUUAGUCUUAAACAGGAAAGCAGGGACUCACCUAACAGACCGGUCGUUUUGCCUUUAUGGCUGUUGGUUGACCCUCAGGAAUCAGUGACAGAUGCGCUUAGAAACACCGAAGCCAAGAUCUUGGACCGGUCUACAUUCGGUGUAUCCUCAACUCAUACAUUAUCCGGCUUUGGCAGAGAUAUAGCAGCAGCAUGUCAGUUCAGGAACAUACUUAACAUUAGACAAGGGCAGGAAAAGCAUCCCGGUGGCUUACAAAGUAUGAACGAGCGCAAAUUGCCUCUUGUACUCAAUUGUGAUAUCCGAACAAAUGGUGUAGAUUUAGAAGUCCUGUUGGGUUCCUCUGCAUUUUCUCUCGAAUUGACGCACAUAAUGCUGCACCAGCUGGCCCAUUCCUUUUGA